AUGGCUCCUGUGUCCGCCUGGACUGUCCUGUUCUCGGCUGCUCUCUGCGGUGUGUCCGCGGGAGUGUUCUUCAGAGCGGAGCAGCCAUGUUAUGUUCCCAAACCCAGGAACCACUUUGGUGUGAGGUCGGUCCCGCGGCCUCAUGAGUACUUGAACGUGUCGCAGUUGCCUGAGUCCUGGGACUGGAGAAACGUCAAUGGCACAAACUUUGUCAGUACGACUCGGAACCAGCACAUCCCUCAGUACUGCGGCUCCUGCUGGGCCCACGGCAGCACCAGCGCCAUGGCCGAUCGCAUCAACAUCAAGAGGAAGGGGGCGUGGCCAUCCGCCUACCUGUCCGUGCAGAACGUGGUCGACUGCGCAGACGCAGGAAGUUGUCACGGCGGCGACCACGGCGGCGUCUGGCAGUACGCCAACACACACGGCAUCCCAGACGAGACCUGCAACAACUACCAGGCCAAGGACCAGGGUGAGACCAGAGACACCAGUGACAGAGACACCAGAGACACAGACACCAGAGACAGAGACACAGACACCAGUGACAGAGACACCAGUGACAGAGACACCAGUGACAGAGACACCAGUGACACAGACACCAGUGACACAGACACCAGUAACAGACACCAGUAA